CUUCUUACCAAUUUUUUCUCCUUUAUUGUAUAUGGAAAGAAAAGUUUAUAUUGUUGCUUGCACCGCCUCGUUCGCACUGCUGUCCGCCACAAUUGGGAAGGAGGGACUCGGCUCCCCCGAUUGCGCCUCGUUUCGCCGGAGGAGAUGUGAGAGCUCCGGGGGCGGCGGCGGAGGAGGAGGAGGAGGAGAUGGCGCGGGAAGCGCUGGCAGUGCCCGCGGAGACGCAGGCCGCGCUCAAGAAGAAGACGGCGGCCGCGAGGAGCUGGAUUCUGUUCGAUUCCAGCGGGGAAGGGACAAUCUUGGACGUCGACAAGUACGCCAUCAUGCACCGGGUUCAGAUCCAUGCGCGCGACCUCAGGAUCCUGGACCCCCUCCUCUCGUACCCUUCCACGAUUUUGGGACGCGAGCGAGCCAUCGUUCUCAAUCUUGAGCACAUUAAAGCGAUCAUCACCGCGGACGAGGUUUUGCUUAGGGAUCCCGCAGAAGAAAAUGUUGUUCCAAUUGUGGAAGAGCUUCAAAGACGAUUACCACUGGCAAAUGUUGUCAAUAAUGCACAUGGAGAGGGGAGAGAGAAUGUUACUGGACAACAUGACGUGGAAGCUGUUGAAGAAGAUGAAUCUCCCUUUGAGUUUCGAGCCCUGGAAGUUGCUUUAGAAGCUAUUUGUAGCUAUCUUGAUGCACGCACCAGCGAACUAGAGACUGCUGCUUACCCGGCCUUAGAUGAGCUGACUUCCAAGAUUAGCAGCCGAAACUUGGAUCGAGUGCGUAAGUUGAAGAGUGCCAUGACUAGGUUGACUGCUCGUGUCCAAAAGGUAAGGGAUGAGCUUGAACAGUUAUUGGAUGACGAUGAUGAUAUGGCAGAUCUUUACUUGUCAAGGAAACUGGCUGGAGCAUCCUCUCCUGUCAGCGGUUCUAGUAUGCCUAACUGGCUCCCUGCUUCACCAACAAUUGGAUCUAGGAUAUCCAGAGCAAGCAGGGCAAGUGCAGCAACUAUACAUGGAAACGAGAACGAUGUUGAGGAGCUGGAAAUGUUACUCGAGGCAUACUUCAUGCAAAUUGAUGGCACAUUGAACAAGUUGACUACUCUACGCGAAUAUAUUGAUGACACAGAGGACUAUAUCAAUAUUCAGCUUGACAACCACCGAAACCAACUUAUUCAGCUAGAGCUGUUCUUGAGUUCUGGCACAGUUUCCCUCUCAAUAUAUUCACUGGUUGCUGGGAUAUUUGGAAUGAACAUACCGUAUUCAUGGAAUGAUGACCAUGGACAUGUAUUCAAAUGGGUGGUCAUUUUGUCGGGACUUAUCAGUGGCUUCCUGUUCAUUUUCAUAAUUGCUUAUGCUCGCCACAAAGGUCUUAUUGGGUCAUGAUCUGCUCAGAUCCUGUUUCAAGUUUCAUCACAGUACUCUUUGAAAUCACCUGCUCCUGCAACAAGUCAAACUGUGCAAGCUUGCACCCAAAGAAAGAUCAAAUGUGUUUCUGUCUCGUCUCAAUUACCUAUUUGCCAACGUUUCCAGACCGGCAACCUGCAGCUUUCCAAUUCUUCAUUGGGGGUCCAAAUGCAGGUAAGACUUAGCACUCAAGUCUCGUGAUUUGCAUAGUGACUAGAAGAUCUAGUUUUGAUCCGCAGUCAGAAAUAAAACUGCAAAAACAUGUUGUUUUGCUACCUCAUUGAAAUUUUCAUCGACCCUUCAUUUUUAUUCUUUGUUGUGGAUCACUGAAAGUCCUCCAAACUUAGUGUUGUUUACUAGCUCACUCAAAAUUUUCAUCAAUCUUCUUUUUCCCAUCGAGAUGGAUCCAAGCUGAAUCCAUUAGCAUGUAUGUUUAUUGAUCUUGCCACCUGACAAAACCAUCGAUGG